AUGGCAAUGAACGCCUUCCGUUUCGCAGGUGAUAUGCUUCACCUGCUGUCGAUUGUCUUGCUUCUUUUGAAGCUCAGGCGAUCGAAGAACUGUGUAGGUAUAUCUUGUCGGAUGCAGGAGAUGUAUCUCCUUGUUUUUUGCAGUCGUUACGUUGACCUUCUGUAUCACUUCAUAUCAGUGUAUAACACAGCUAUGAAGCUAUUCUUUAUCGCAUCGACAGCUUACACAAUCUAUCUUAUCAGGUUCAAGCCACCCAUCUCGCAAACAUAUGAUAGACGUGCAGACUCUUUCCCGUAUGAGAAGUACCUGAUUCCUCCGUGUGUUCUUUUGUCUCUCGUUACUGCCGAGGAUUGGUCAAUCUCAGAGAUUCUCUGGGCUUUUAGCAUUUGGCUCGAGUGUGUAGCCAUUCUGCCUCAGUUGAUCCUACUUCAGCAGCUGCGAGAAGUAGAGAAUCUGACGGGUAACUACGUUGCGGCUCUCGGAGCAUACAGAUUUCUGUAUAUUCUGAACUGGGUGUACCGAUAUUUCGCCGAGUCGCCGCCAUACGUCAACUAUGUGGGCUGGAUUGCCGGGGUUAUUCAAACGGCGUUAUAUGUGGACUUUUUCUAUUAUUAUGCACUAUCCAAGUGGUAUGGACAGAAGCUCGUCUUACCCGUCCACGCGGAGGUGUGA